GCCUGUUCAAUCGUCAAUAUCGUACUGCAGCUGGCUCCUCCACUCUGCUCACUGCUGUCUCCCAUCCAUAGUGUGCUCUGAAUCGAUAGACUUUCUUUGUCAGAAACCUAAUUUGUAAGCAGGCCACAGAGCAACCAAAGCAAUGUGUGAAUGCGCAACAAUGCAAAAAACUCCAACGUAUGGGCUGAGUCAAGGGACACAAAAUCUUUGUUUCCACCCGCCAUUCCAAGAUCAAAAGAAAAUCGCGGACACAUGUGUAAAUGAUAAAAGUGUUUUUCCAAUACUGAGACGGGCUGCUGAAACGUGGACAUCAGAUGUGGGCUUUUGGGACCUCUGUAGAUUCGUACCCUCACCACUGCAGCAAAAACGACUUUGUCAUCUUACUAUAGAUUCAUGCCCUUGAUUGGGAACAGCGUUGAUGUCACGAUGCAAUGUAGCUCUAACGGUUUUAUAUUACUGUAAGAGUGUAAAGUGUAACGUGACGUGACGCGACUUCUUCAUAAACGUUGUUCCCAAUCAAGUGCAUGAAUCUGUAGUAUUGACUGUUUUUGUAACACUUGUAAUCUCUUUUCAGGUUCCGAUCUACCACUGCCUAGCAUAUGCGGUGUCCAAGGGGAAAGAUAAACACUUGCUGAUGUGAUGAUACUGCCUUUUCUAAAGAGGUGCAAGAUGAUAAUGCUACAGAGACAUAUUUUGCCGGCAGUAAGGCUGCAAUGGCUCAGUCAUCAUCCCACAAAAUUGCGGAGAAUAGCACUCCAGAGUGCUGGAUCAAGUACUCGUUUCAGCUUGAUAAAGUCACAGCUUCCAGUGCAUUCACCUCGCUACUUCACUUCCAGAAGCUCUGCUCUAUGUAAUAAGCCUACAUCAGAAUCACAAAAUAUACCAACUGGAGAUCAUGAAAAUGAUGCAGUUGACUUUUUUGGGAUAGAAGAGUAUGAGCAGAACAUGGUGACGAUAGCUUCAGCAGAAAAAGAUAACUUUGGUGCUUUGAAAAAAGGUACAAAACCUGCUAAAAUAUCAAUAUCUGUCAAGGCAAAGAAAGCUAAGGCUGAUAGCUUUCAACCUUUGAAUAGAGACCAUGACAUUUUAGAGACUUCAUUUGGGUUGAUAAGACUUGAUGGUCGGAGAGCAGAGAGGAAACUGAAAGGUGAUUUGAAGUCGGAUCAAACAAUUCCAAAUCCAGAAUCUACAUCUGGGUCAGACUUUAUUGAUGAGCAAUAUUUUCAGUAUGAGGGGAGUCUACAGCAGUCUGGGCACUGUAGCCAGAGUUAUAUCCAUCUUGAAGAAGAGGCUAAAGAGUUGUCCAGCACGGUAGACCUGGAUACAAAUUCUCCUCCAAGUAAAUCAUGUGAUGACUUUGAAGUUCCCUCAAAUCUAUUUGAUGAACAGUACUUCGGGUCAGUCCCAACACAAAGUGCUACCGAGCUGUCUAGUAAGUACAGUGAGAAGGCUGUGGAGCAAGAGCAGAAGUCUGAAUUGAAUGUUAAACAAUCUCUAAAUGAACAAGCCUCACUGGAUGAUCUGAAUAUAUUUGACCAGCAAAUGUUUGGUCUGAAGGAGAGAACUGAAACUGAGAACAACCAUGCAACCUCUUCUGUCUCUGAAGAGGAAUCGACUGAAACUAAAAGCAAGCCUGCCAUUUAUUCUGUGACAGAGGACAUGAAAAAACAGUUUGGUCAGAAUAAUGAUGUCAGGAAAACAGAACGAAAAACAAAGCUGAGACCUGAAGAAAUGGAAUAUGAAUUUCACGAGCCUGUGACAGAAUGGAAGAAGAAAGUGAAGUCGAUUCCUGUGCCGAAUGUUAAAGAACCAAAAACAGCUUAUGACAUGGCAAUGAAGAUACGUCAGGAAAUGAAAGAUGAUGGCAAAGGAGAGCGGUUUUUGGGCGAUGUGGACAGUAAAGGCUUCCGUAUCCUGAAAAGUCAGGUCCCUGAUUUCUCGCGCACGCGGGAGGUGGUCAUGGUUGACCUGCUCAGAGACAGUGUCAUUUACAAUGACCAUGAUAUUGUAGCUAUCGACAAGCCUUAUGGGCUUCCAAGCCAAGGUGGUGAAGGUGUCAAUCACAAUAUCGCAUCCCUCCUCCCAAAAUUUGCCAAGAAAAUUGAUGCAUCUCUUGAAACUCUUCAUAGCGUCCAUAGACUCGACAAGGACACAACUGGUGUUAUGGUAUUUGCUAAGACUCGGGAGAUGCAGCUCAAACUGACCCGCAUGUUUAAAGACCACGAAGUCGUCAAGAAGUACUGGGUGAUAACGAAAGGAAUUCCUGAUCCUCCAAGUGGGGUGAUUGAGAUUCCCAUGGCUGAGGGUACUGUCAGUGGGGCAUAUAGGAUGGUACUAAAACCUGAUUAUGACGAGAAGACUAAGUUAGUUAUGAAGAAGAGCAGUGUUGAUACGUCCCAGGCGAUUACCAAAUACAAAGUGUUGGACAGCAACGAUAACGUCGGUGCUGCCUUGGUUCUAUGUGAGCCAAAGACAGGUGUCAAACAUCAAAUCCGCUGUCAUCUCUCAUUUGGAUUGAACAUGCCUAUUCUUGGAGACCACAAGUACUCCCACUUCACAAAGUUAGCUCCUCAGCGUUUGUUUCCUGCCAUGCUGCAGAGACUUGGUAUCCGUCAGAGUAAGGUGCGCCACGUGCCGAUGCAUCUUCAUGCCAAGUCAAUAAUCCUCCCAGGCAUAUUGGAGGGGAGGUACCUGCAUCUGUCCACCAAGUUACCAAGACAUUUCGUGAAAAAUAUGAAGAGCUUAAAACUGAAACCGCCACAGUAAUUUGGCCAUUGCCAAUUUAUUCUGUGAUAUAUCGGGUAGGACAUUUCGAGCGGGAUAUGUUGUGUUUACUCAUAUUGGCUGACUCAGCAAGAAUGGUUUCAUAACUGUGACUGUGGUAUAGUAAUAUGUGUGAUUUUA